GGGGACGGGGCGGCUCGGAGGUGAUGGGGUAGGAGGGUGGUACCCCCCGCCGCCGCCGCAUCCCCGCCGAGCGGGCUGGGGAUGUCCGCCUUUGUGCCGUCGGGUCUCACCCCGCCCCGGGGUGAGCGGGGGGCACGGCGGAGGAGCCGCCCGGGCGGCCGGAGGGAGCGUGGAGCGGUGGGAUGUGUGUCCGGAGCGGCGAGGGGGUGCGGGAUGCUGAGCCCGACGUGCGGGGACGGGCGGCAAUCCGGAGUUCGGCGAGCGGUCCUCACCCGCUCCGAGUCCUCUGCCUUUGCCACUGGAAUUAUUUCCUGCGAAAGGAUCAACACGUGCUUUCCUUUCUCCGGGCCGAGAGUGCUGCUCCAGGGGGGUGAAACUCGGGUGCCGCCGGGCUCGGGGCAGCGCUGCCCGGGGUCGGGGUCCGACGGGGGCUGCAGCCCCGGGGAGCCGCGCCUGAGCAUCCCCGCAGAGAUGCUCUCCGGCUCGCCCAGGGCCAGCGCACGCUUCCCACCGUGCCGUGCCUCGCGUUUCGCUCGUGGCACGUGUGAGGUGGCUCGGGGCAGCAGGACAGGGGGACAGGCCGGUCCCCGGGGGGGUCUCCAGCCCCCGACGCUGCUGCGAUGGGACGCGGCAGCGCCUCGCUGUGUGAAGUGCCCUGGCAGGGGGGCUGUCCUAGAAAGCCUGUAAGUCUUGUUUCUCCAUUCAGUGACGUCAGGUUGAUCGGGUUCUAAGGUACGUGAAGGUUUCAGGUACAGCUGUACACACAGAUUUCACGGGUAAGGGGCUUUUCCUCAGUAAUUUUAAUUUACUUGACACAGAGAGAGUUUUAACAGCGCGGUGCCUGUCACUGAGUUGUGCCGCUGCCUCUCGGUGCCGUGCGGUCUCCACAGACGCUGGUGUACCUUGGCAGCUCAUCCCCUCCUUAGGAAAUCCUCUGGAGUGAAAAGUGAGCGUAAUUUGUUAUGAAAUAGGCUGAUAGACAAAACUUCAGUUGGCGAUUGAAACCAGAUGUGCAUAUUUUCCUUUUGAAUCCUCAAGCAAUACUAAAAGUCUGUUUUGACAGAUUAAAAACUACUUGCAAAUUGCAGAGGUAGCAGUGUUUUGUGAUAAUCCAGUAAAAACACGGAGGGCUGCGAGCAUCUCUGCCCAGUGCUGGGUAUUUCCGAGCACAGGAGAUGCUGCUGCCAUCACAAAGCACAGAGUCCCUUGGCCUGCCUCUAUCGUGGGCAGAAAUAUUUACCAGGGCUUGGCUGAGGGCUGGAAAAAGAAAUAAAGAAACCCCAAAACAAUGUAGAUAAUGUUUCUGGAGAAAAUAUUUGGGGUGGGUCAUGAAACAGAUUAAUUAGAGUGAUAGUAAAAAAACCUGAAUUUCAGAGCGGUUUGCUCUGUCCGUACUUCUCGUGGCUCGGUGCAGGUUUGAAGUGAGCUUCUGAUUUAUUUCUUCAUUUUUGAGUGUCCUGUGGAGCCUGAGGAUGCUUGUGGUGGUGAGUGUGUCACACCCAGCUCUGGCACGGCCCUGCUCAGGGGGGCAGGAUUUCGGGAGAAGCACUCAGCCUCCUUGCUUCCAAAAGUGGGGGGGGAAAACCCAGCCAAAACAACCUGCCGUGGAAUUGCUUCCUUCUCUCCACUUCAGAGGAGGGAAGGACACGGUGCCAAGCACAGCCACGUGGAGCAGGGCCACGCGUGCUGGGCUUGCUGCUGAGUCCCUGGCUCCAGACUUUCUCACUUCCAGCUUCAGCCCAGAGGAGGGAGGGAAACUUCUGUGACUUCCAGCUCUGCACAGGGCCGAGGUGUCCAGGAACCACAGUGGUUAUAGAAAGCAGAUGGCCUUUUGCUGUAAAUGCAAGACUUUGCAUAGAAAAUCUGUGCAAAUCAGUUCAGCGGAUGAUUGAUUUGUGUGAGUGAGAUCCAGAUUUUUGUAUGUGGAGAUCAAGACUGUGGGACAGAGCCAGCACCGAUGCAGGUUAAUUUUCAGCUAUGGAUACCUGCAUAAAUAAAUACAUGUGUAUAAAUAUGCACACAUGCAAAUAGGCAAACAUAUACCAAUAAAAAUCCCCAGAUCUGCAUUGGUUAAUCAUAUGCAAUGUUGUUUUUUUUUUUUUUCUAGUAGUAGUGAAGGCUUGCUUCACUUACAGCAAAAGUAUAGGCAGAACAAGAUACACAACUUUUUGCUGAAACACCUGCAUUUGUGUGCAGAACUGACACCAUGGGCUGUGUCCUGAUGGGUGGGGAGGGGAAUGAGCUUUAUCCCAUUGUCUGUUUAUUAUUGCUGGUAGAUUUCUGAUUUCUCAAAUUGCAGCUGUGUGGUUGGAGACCCUUCCUCCUUUUUUCUUUAUUUCUUAUAAUGUUGCAUAGAAUUUUUCUUUUAUUUGCUCGAAUGGAGGCGGUUUGCACUUGCCUUGUAAAAUCUCAGAUGGAAAAGAGGACACCCCAAGCUGAAAGGGUGAUUUUGGUUUUGUUCCCUUCCCCCUCCCGUGUCACGUGGUUUGUCAAAUGAUGUUGCUGGGAAAUAGUCCUAAUGAACAUUAUUCUGUGGCAGGGCAGACUUUGGACCAACGGGCUGGGACAGGGCCAGGUGCCAGAGAUGCUCAUAGCUGUUCAGAGAGCAGGAUCGAGUCUCCUUCCCACAUCCCAGGGGAGGGACAGGGCAGGCAGAGCCUUUGUGUCAGGUUUGCACUCACCAAAACUCUCUCCUGGAGUGAAAAUACCUUCAGAAAAACAAGUUUUAUUCCUGUGGCCAUGGGGGACCAGGGCAGCAGAGGAGCUGGGAUGUUGUUCCUCUGCAGCUCCUCAUGCAAGCUCUUUUCUUGGCUGACGUUUUCUGCUCCUUUCUCUCCCAAAACGGGAGGAGGAGGAAGAGGAAGCAAGCCUGCUGACUCGGGGAAACAGAACUAAAAAAAAAAAAGCAGGUCUGCCGAGCAGCAGAGGGCUGUGAGUGCCGUGGGUCUCACGUGUGGUGGGAGCCCCAGCUCCCUUUGCAGGGGUCCCUGCGGGGCUGGGCGAAAAUAUCACCAAAACAACACUCUGCUCCUCAGAGAGCUAAAUAUAAACUCAUCGGGCAAAGAGGAGGGAAUUUUCCACCGUGCUUCUCCUCUGUGCCUGCCAGCCUGCCUGGCUGUGGGCUGCUCCCCCCAGGGAAGCUCCCGUCCCUGAUCCCCAGCAUGUCAUGGGAUGAGUGCCACCACUUUCUGUAGGGAUGAGACCUUCUGUAAGUUCCUUGGAAGCGCUCAGGACGUGGGCAGACAUGAGCCCUGGAGCUCUGGUUCUGCCCACAAGUCUCCCCACGAGCAGUGGCCGUGUUGUAGUUGUGAAAAAGGACUUCUCCAAGGUCACACUCUGUGCCUGCAGUUGCAGCCUGGCUGCCCGUGACCCAGCUGUUUCUGCAGAGCAGCAAUGCAGAACGUGGCUCUGCUACAGGGAGCUGGAGGGAGCAGAUCCAUGGGUUGGUUUGUUUUUGCAAACUUUUCUGAGUUGGCUGCCUUUAGGGAGACAAAAAUUCCCAAGCAAGAGCCUCGCUGGGAUGGUGCAUCUCAGGACAGGCUGCGGAUGUGUGGGUCUUUACUCAUCAGCAGGUGAGGUGGGGAUUGAUAAUUAAGAAGUGUGGCGGUGCAGUUGAUUUCCAGCCAGAAUUUCUCCUGGCUUCAGGUGGUUUAUCCAUGAGUUUUAUAACCUGUGGCAUUGGAUAUGUGUGAUCUUGCAUCUUAUGCAUCUGACACAUGCUGUGUAAGAUAAGUAAGAUUUGGUAUAAGUUUCUUUGCAAUGCAGGGAGGAAUAAACUGCAUUAGGCUGAGCUGGAGGAGCAGCACCAAGCCCUGUAAGCGUGGCUGCUCCCAGCCCUGCUUGCUGUGGGUCUCUGCACGGAUGGGUGGGAAGUACCAGGCCAGUUUGGCUCAGUAAUCACUUCAUUUGAGUAAUAUUUUAAGAACUGGUUGAGUGAGUGCAAAAAAUCUGUUCUGGUGCGUUGAGUUUCUGUACCUCCCCCCUGAAAGUGUACCCAAGGGAGACUUGGUCAUGGUUUUUGCUUUUAGAGGAUUAAAUAUAGCAGCAUCAUUGGUGUCACUCCUCUGUAGUCCAUUUGAAGCAUCCCUUGGGCUACAUCAUUGCCUGUAUUUGUGGCUGCUGGCCAUAGCUUUUGCUUUCAGCAGCCAGGGCUCGGGGCUGGCUGUGCGGUAGGUAUGGGACCGUGGUGAAAGAGGAGUUUGACUCCGCGGCCGCUUUGUGCUCACAAAUCCUUACGUCUCCUAGGGUUUGUAAAAAAUGGGAUCUGGCAAGCUCUGAUCCAGCAGCUGGAAAACCUGCUCUCCCUCUCUGUGCUCAAAACCAGCCCCUGAAAGGAAGGACCAGGGGUUCUUUGGAUGGCUGAGGAGAAGCAGGGCUUGGGGAGGUGCUGGUGCAGAAGGAUGUGGCUGGCCAGGUGCGUCAGUGACUGGCUUUGCUCUCAGUGACUGGUCUGGGCCAUGAGGUCCAGAGACUCACCCCUGAACCUGCUCCUAAAGCCGAGGGGGUGAGUUAAAGCGUGUUAUUUGCCUUUAAGGUAUCUUUUUUGUCCUUUAUCCUGUGACAACUCUUGCAGUGACCCCAGACAAGCCUUCGUGCUCGUCUGCCCCAGUUGUACAAGUGCCAUCAUCAUUGUUCUGCACCCAUGGGAAAUGUUAGUUGUAAGGAAAAGGAGUUAAUGCAGACAACUGGUCUCUGCUUAGGACAGUCUGGCAGCACAGCUAGGCCAGGUGGAGCUGGCCAUUUCUCAUUUCAAGUGAUGUGGGAAAGUCACAAUAACUGUGAUUUUUGUGUUUCUGUGACAGCCUUAACCUUACUGAGAACUGCCUUCUGGUGUGCUGGGCAAUAGUUGUCAAUGCUAUGAAAUUUCUUCAAGUGUAUAUAUUAUUAUCCCAGUUACCAAAUGCUUUGGGGUUUUUUUUGUCCCAGCUGGUACAAAUGAACAUUGUAUAAUAUUUUCGAAAGGACAAGUUUUAAUAUUAUGGACUAGGUGCCAAAAGCUACAAUUGUGUGCCAAAGCUGAAGAGCCAUUAUAAUUAUAAAGAUACAGAAAGCAUUAGAAAUAUCCAUUUUUGGGUUUGUAGACUCUCUGUUAACUCAGAAAAACAGUAAAGCCUGGAAAAGCUGUGGCUGCUCCUGGGUCUCUGGAAGUGUCCAAGGCCAGGUUGGACAGGGCUUGGAGCACCCUGGUGUGGUGGAAUUUGUCCCUGCCCUGGUGUGGUGGAAUUUGUCCCUGCCCAUGGCAGGGCGUUAGAAUGAGAUGCUCUUUAAGGUCUCUUCCAGUCCAGGCCAUUCUGUGAUUUUUGGACUGUCAGUUGUGCUAUAAAUGAAAUGCAGUGCAAUGGAUGGUGCUUCUCAGAGUGAAAGCAUCGUGAAUGAAGAUGUACGUUGCCAAAAUGUAAAUGUUUCAUUUAGAAACUCUCACUCACAUUUUUGGUUGUGCAUGGUUUGUGUUGUUGGUAGAAAUGACUUUUCCCAUGCAGGUUUCAGAUGUAUGUAUUUAAAUUUAAUUUAAAGAACAAGUUCCAGCCCUGCAGUGGGAUGGGUUGUGCUGUCCAUGCCCCCCCCGUGCCUGUCUUGGGAACCCCAUGAUACACCAGAAAGGUGGCAGCUUCAAGAGGAGCUGGACAAGAGCCAGGCCAGCCUGUGGAGGAGCUGCUGUGUCAGCCCAGCCCCCUGACCCCUGCACAUCCCACCCUGGGCCAUGGGGGCUGCUGGGCACGGGCUGCAACAGCUCACUCGGGGCGUGGGGCAGCGAGCCAGGAGAGCCCUGCUUCUGGGACUGCUCUGUGCAUCACCAUUUUUAGUCAUUUUCUGAGUUAAUUCUUGCUAGAGCAUGGGCUCAGUGAUCUUAAAGGUCUUUCCAACCUAAUGAUUCUAUGAUUCAGUGUCUUUCAGAAAGGCCCCCAGUGCAGAGAUGAAGCUGUAGCACUGGCUGAGAUGCCCGUGCAGUCAUUUGUGAUGCUGUAGCUUAUUGCAAUGAUUAUUGUCUGUGCUGUUCAGGAAAAAAAAUUGCACUUUGCCCUUGCUCUGCAUCUGCGUAGCUCCAUCUUCCUGCCGUGCUGGGAGGUGUCCCACUGCUGCUCUGCUCCCUCUGAGGGACCUGCUCAGCUUCUCCUGCCCUCUCUGAGGCAGUGAGGUCAUCCUCAGCAGUUACCACUCCACGUUCACCCUGUCUUGUGCUGCACCUGUGUCUUGCAGCCCCCCAGUUACUCCUGGAGUCCCCUCCAGACCUUGGGUAGAGGUGGGAGGAGGCUCCAGGUGCCCGCAGAGGGUGUGGAGUGCAGAGCACAGAGGCUGUACCAUCCCUUCUCCUCCUGGAGACCCCAAAUGUAUCCAGCCUGUGGACAUAUCCCUGCAUGCCUGGGUAAUCUGCUGCGCCAUGCAGGAGCCUGGGCUCGUGCCCCUGCCUUUGAGUUGCCAGGGAGGAAAAGGCAAAGUCACUGCCAGCACCAUUUCCUUCGAGCUAAAGAUGUUGAGACAAAGCACCUCUGCCCCUGCCCUGUCCUUUCAGUCCUUCCGCUGCUGGUGUGUCCAGGACUCAUUCCCCUGCCACUCCUAUUCCCUAAGAGCACGGGGGCAAUAAACCUUUUACCCAAGUAGAUGGGAGCUUUCCACAGCCCGAGGCUGUCCCUGCACACCCCCGAGGAGCUGGCAGGGCCCAGCCUCUCCUGGGGGAUCAUGGACUGAAAGAGGAGCUUUGCCAGCCCCCAGCUGCCAGCACCCUUUGCCUGGACCCUGAUGGACUCGGAGGCAGGACUGCAUUACCAUGGUGAUGAUCUUAACCAAAACUCGGGAAAACAAAGGUGCUGACUCCAUAACAUGCAGGACUGAGCUGCACACUCCAAAGAUGAGUCAAGGACCUACCCUCUUCUCCUGUGGCGUGAUGGAAAAUGACAGAUGGAGAGAUCUCAGCAGGAAAUGUCCACUCCAGCUCGAGCAGCCGGGCGCCAGCAUCUGGGACUGCCUGUCGGACAAGGGCGAGGAGGGCUCGCGCUGGCCGAGGGACACGGCCGGCACCUGCUCCGUCACCAACCUGAUCAAGGACCUGAGCCUCAGCGACCCCCACGGCCACCCCUCCGCCCCUCCCAGCAAGCGCCAGUGCCGCUCGCUGUCCUUCUCGGAUGAGAUGUCGGGCUGCGGGACCUCGUGGAGACCCCUGGGCUCCAAGGUGUGGACGCCGGUGGAGAAGAGGCGCUGCUACAGCGGCGGCAGCGUGCAGCGCUACUCCAACGGCUUCGCCACCAUGCAGAGGAGCUCCAGCUUCAGCCUGCCCGCCCGCUCCAACCUGCUCUGCGGCGGGCAGCCCAGGAAAUCGGCUGCUGGGGGGCACGGGGGAGACAGGGUGGACAUUCAGAGGUCCCUGUCCUGCUCGCACGACCGCUUCUCGUGCUCGGAGUACGGCGCGCCCUCGGCCUGCAGCACGCCCGCCUCCACGCCGGAGCUGGGCCGCCGCGCCGCCGGCCUGUCCCGCAGCCGCUCCCAGCCCUGCGUCCUCAACGACAAAAAGGUGGGAAUCAAGAGGAGGAGGCCGGAGGAGGUCCAGGAGGAGAGGCCCUCGCUGGACCUCGCCAAGAUGACCCAGAACCGCCAGACUUUCAACAGCCUCACCUGCCUUAGCACCACGGCCGAGGAUGGCUCCCAGCGGCCCACAGGGCCCCAGGCAUGGACGGCGGCCCCGGAGGUGAUGCCGGGCAGGACCCCCGCCUGCACCCCGGUCCCGGAGCCACCGCGGGCCCGGCCCGAUGAGCGCAGGGCCAGCAGGGAUGACCUGUCCUGCGAGGAGGAGGAGGAGAGCAACGGGAAGGAGGAGGACAGGGCGGCCUGGCGGAGCAGCGGGCCGGGCACCGAGAGCCUCUUCCAGCUGGAUGGCGAGAUUGACAUCGAGCAGAUAGAAAACAACUGAGGAGGGAGCAGCUCUGCUCGCCCUGGGCUCUGGGGGCUGCCAGCAGAGCCAGGGAGGGCUCCUGGUUGCCAGCGAAUUUGCGGGAUCCUGUCACUGCUCCCCUCCUGCCAGCUGGAGGGGACAAAGCAGCUUUGCCAAAAUUUCAUCAGGUAUUUAGAGGAAUUCGUGUGCAUGCGUGUGUAAAUCUUGAAAUUCUUUGUAACUACUGUAGCCAGAGAUCAGCCAGGCCGAGGAAAGUGCCUGUCCCACAGGGAAACCAGGCAUGGGGAUCGCCAAAAACUCAGAAUCCACGAGUAAAUGGCUUUUGCCAGGAUAGGGGUGGAGCUGAAGGAGCUGGUCAUGCUCCCACAGGUCCCACCUGUGCUAGUUCAGAAAGGGGUGCACAAGGAGAAACCACCACCCCUGGGACUGGAGAAAGGGGGGUGAAAAGCAGAAUAUUUAGAUUUGCAAACCGAGCACUGGCUGGUGGUGCCGGGGUGGCCACAGUUCCUUUUCUCUGGCACCAUCCCGUGUGGCCCCAGCACCCCCUCGCUCCCCAUGUCCCUGGCAGGGCUGUGAGGAGGAAAUCACAAGUGAAGUGUUUUGCUUAAAUUUAAUAAUGGCGAGAGCUGGAUUUUUACUCCUUUAUUUUUAGUUUUCCUUUUCCUGAUGAGGAAUUAAACAGAUCCCUGGCCCAUGUGGGGCGGCAUCCGCAGCAGCGCUUGCUGGGCGCUGUACGGGGAUGCUCAAAUGCCUUCCUUCCCUAUUUUUUUCCUUCCCAGCCCCCCUCUCUCAACUCUUUUGGGAAAAAAACCCUACUCAGGCUCUGUGCCACCCUCAUUUGGGUUGCCAACACCCUGUUUUGAGCAGGGCUGGGCUGUUUACCCAUUUACCAGCAGCUGUGCCCACUUUGCUACCCAGGGCAGGGCUGCCACCCUCUUUUUUGGGCUUUACUGUGAAGGGCUGCCUGCCCGAGGCACGUCGUGGAGGGGUUACUUGACAAAGUCAGCUGGCAAAAGGCUGAAAAUCCAGGUAGCAGCACUGAAAGCUUUUCCUCUUCCUGUGCCUUUUUAAAGCACAGAUAAAGUGGUGACCAUUCUGUUUGUACGAUAUGAAUUCUCUUUGCUAAAAAUAAGCUGUCCACUUGCUAACAGGUUUAGAAGGACACAUAUUUCUUUUUUCUCCCUCUUUUUUAUUUUUUUUAUUAUUUGUUUGUUUGUUUAAAGCUCUAGGAAAGCUGUACAAAUGGCUUCCAGCAUCUUCUGGAUUCCUUCUGCUGGUUCCUUCAAGCUCAGGGGUCACUUCCUGAGCUUUGCAAACCUGAGAAAGGAAAAAAAAUCAUUGAUAUCAAGAGCAGCUGAAGACAGGACAUUUUUUAAUGGGGUUCAGCAGCCCCACUGGCAAUGCCUUGAGGGUCCAUAACUCAGAAAGGCUGAGAGCUGCUGGUACAGGUUUCAUUCAUCAUUUCUGGUUAUGUUAGUGCACUUUUUUCCACAGUGGUUUGGGAUGUAUGUGGCAUCUCCCACCACAGUGGAACCCAUUGGUUGUUACCCCUAUCCUGGCACUGCUGAGGUUUUGCUGGUGGCUGUGGCUGUGUCCACUCCCUCCAGGCAAGCAGGACAAGCCCCAGAUAUUCGGGGAGGGGAUGUCAGGGAUGUCUUUUCAUUUUGGGGAACCCUCCAGCUCUUUUAAAGUG